AUGGCUUUGGUGUUGCACACAUACAAGGGAAACAAAGGUGCCAAUAAGGCACUUAUUGCCGCUGAGUAUGCAGGUGUGAAGAUCGAGGAGUCCUCGGACUUUCAGAUGGGCGUCACCAACAAAUCCCCUGAGUUCCUCAAGAUGAACCCUAUUGGAAAGGUUCCCGUGCUUGAGACUCCUGAAGGUCCCAUAUUUGAGAGCAAUGCUAUUACCCGAUACGUGAGCCGUGUGAAUGGUGACAACUCUUUGAAUGGAUCCUCCCUCAUUGAUUAUGCUCAUAUUGAGCAAUGGAUUGACUUUGCCUCGUUGGAGAUUGAUGCUAACAUGUUGAGGUGGUUUGCUCCAAGAAUGGGCUAUGCUCCGUUCUCUGCUCCAGCAGAGGAAGCUGCAAUUUCUGGAUUGAAGAGAGGACUUGAUGCUCUUAACACACAUCUCGCCUCCAACACUUACCUUGUUGGCCACUCUGUUACCCUUGCUGAUAUUGUCACCAUCUGCAACUUGAACUUGGGGUUUGCUACCGUGAUGACCAAGAGCUUUACCUCUGCAUUCCCUCAUGUUGAGAGAUAUUUCUGGACAAUGGUUAACCAGCCAAAUUUCAAGAAGGUGUUGGGUGAUGUCAAACAGACCGAAGCUGUCCCUCCUGUUCCUUCCAAGAAAGCUGCCCAGCCUGCGAAGCCCAAGGAAGAGCCUAAGAAAAAGGAAGCCCCUGCACCAGAGGCACCCAAGUUUGCUGAAGAGGAAGAGGCACCAAAGCCCAAAGCCAAGAACCCUCUUGACUUGCUACCACCAAGCCCAAUGGUUCUGGAUGACUGGAAGAGGCUUUACUCCAACACCAAAUCUAACUUCCGUGAGGUUGCUAUCAAAGGAUUCUGGGACAUGUACGACCCAGAGGGAUUUUCGCUGUGGUUCUGUGACUACAAGUACAACGACGAGAACAUGGUUUCGUUUGUUACACUGAACAAGGUUGGUGGUUUCCUCCAGAGAAUGGACUUGGCACGUAAAUAUGCCUUUGGAAAGAUGCUGAUUUGCGGGUCAGAGGGGCCAUUCAAGGUGAAGGGUUUAUGGCUGUUCCGUGGACCAGAGAUCCCUAAGUUCAUAAUGGAGGAGGUGUACGACAUGGAGCUUUACGAGUGGACUAAGGUUGAUAUCUCAGACGAAGCACAGAAAGAGCGAGUCAGCCAGAUGAUUGAAGACGCUGAGCCCUUUGAAGGUGAGGCUCUCUUGGACGCGAAAUGCUUCAAGUGA